AUGGCUCAAGAUCCGGGGGCUGCGGGAGCCUUGUCAGCACAGCUGAAAUAUUUGACCGACGCGGCUCAUCUAAUGGCAUUUUCAGCACCUGGCUCUUCAUCGCACCUCAUGUCGAGAUGUAACCUAUUAAUGUUCUCAAACGAUAUCAACCAGUCCGACUCUCACCGAAGGCAUGUAUGCGGUGGUUGCGGUAACAUAAUGACCCCAGGAUGGACCAGCACGGUCAAGAAUGAGGUGCAGCGCCCACCUAGGAGUCGGCAAACUCGCAAGAGGAAGGCAAGUGCUAUCACCCAGGCAGCAGAGCGUUCCAUGGUCUACACCUGUGACCGUUGCAAACGUGAGACUCGCCAAGUUAUCACUACAACAGCUCUCCCACGGAUAGCCUCUCGUCGCGCAGAACAGUCAAACCUAACCUCAGGGGAAGCCCCAGAGCGCCUUACCAGCGCCUCCGAAUCGCAAGCUGCAACUCCGACAACGCCGUCAGCGAAUGCUAGCAGCAGAAAGAGAGCGAAGAGCCGGAAGCAGGGAGGUCUGCAAGCCUUGUUGGCCAAAAACAAGGAAGCCUCACAAAACUCAAGCAGUGGCUUUGGUUUGGAUCUUAUGGAUCUUAUGAACAAUGGUUAA